AACAACCUGAUACUCCAAUUCCAGCAAAUCUUACUGUACCUUCCGGAAACUGUUUUAAAUUUUUACUCUAUGGUUGUGGUGUUCAAAUAUAUCAAUGUGUUACUAAUGGAAGUUCAGGUUCAUGGUCACUAGUUGGUCCGAACGCUUAUUUAAUUAAUGAUAAAAAAACCGAAAAGUUUACUCCUAAAUAUGAAGUUGCUCAUCAUUAUUACCAACAAACGCGCGGAACAACUUAUUCAAAUGGUACAUUAUAUCGUAGUAAUUAUGAUACUGAAUAUUGUUCCAUUAUCGUCGAUAGAUUUGGUGUAAGUUUUAAAUUCAGAUAA